GCAGCUGUUUGAGUAUGAUAGCUUAAUCUUAAGCUGUGGCGCUAACAGCAGUGCCAUGGGAUGGACGAUCCGCCGCUUCACCAACGCUCCGCCCAGGAGAUCCGGCACAUGUGGACAGCAGUGGGGGAGCCCCGUGGCAUCCGGCUGCCGGCUAAACGCCGUCAAAAAGCGCGACGGUGCAGUGUACUGGUGCGAAUCCCGCAGCAUGCAGCGCAGCAACUCACUCAACAUCAGCGUGUUCGACUCCUCCGUCAUCCUGCAGAGUCCUGUCCUCCCAGUGAUGGAGGGUGACAACGUCACCCUGACCUGUCGGACCAAGUCCUCCGUCUUCCCGUCGUCUUUCUUCAAAGAUGGCGCCCUCAUCAGUUCUGAGUCCUCAAACCAGCUGACCCUCCACCAGGUGAGCGGCGCCGAUGGGGGCGAGUACAGCUGCUCCAUCACCGGGCAGGGAGAGUCAGCACCGAGCCAGCUGUCAGUCCGAGCCCCUCUUCCAGGUUCCUCUGGAGCUUAUCCGGGUUCUGACCUGACCGUGACCCAGCUGGUGCUGAUGGUGACCCGGUACCUGGUGGUCUGCUCACCUUAUGCAGUGUCCACCGUCCUCCUGGUGUCGCUGUCCAGGCACAAGCCAGCAAGAAGAGAGCAGCCUGUUGCCAUGACAACGCCAUCUCCCAACGAGGAGGACGAGGGAUUGGACCAGCAGUAUGACGACGUCACCACCGAACAUGACUUCUGAUGGGAACUUUCCUUUUUCUCAGACGUGCAAGUGUGUGUGUGUGUGUGUGUGUGUGUGUGUGUGUGUGUGUGUGUGUGUGUGUGUGUGUGUGGUAUUUUACUCCAGAAAACUUGAACCCUGAAGGAGUUCGUCUCUCUCGGAACAUUCAGAAAUCUUGUUGUGAACCUGGAAUCUGGACCGAAUGGUUCCUGCCCCUGCUUUACAUGACGGCCCCUUUAUUUGACUUUGUUAGUCUCAUCUGUCUGUAUCUGUUUUGGUCUUGUCUGGUUUGUAUUUUUUGUGACCACUGACCUCUCUGCUCUCUUACUUGAAACAGUAUUUUAAGCUGCUCUGUUAAAAAAGAGAUCAUUGUGUCUCAACAUGACUGCCCUGCUUGAAUAAAGUGCAACAACUGCAUGUUUGUGUUUGAA